AUGAAAAAGGGAGCUUGCCACACGAGAGGGAGAUCGGAGCGUUGGUACGGUGGCGCAGCCCUCUCGGAUCGCAGUAGCUCCGGUUGGCUGCGAAUCGAGAAACAGGGGUCAGCGCAUGGCGCUACUUUGUUUAGUUGGCAGUCGACAAGGUAUCUGGCGUCGGCGAUUGCUGAUGCUGGAUUUGGUCUAUCGAAGGGAGGUGCGGUAGUCCAACUGUCGUUGGGUGGUGAGAGUGGAGCAGAUGGAGAACGGUGGUGCGGUGAUGCCAAGGUAAUCGGAACUUGA